AUGAAUCCAAUUAAUAUUAAUAGUGAUGAAAAGGAAGAGGAAGAGGAAGAGGAAGAGGAAGAGGAAGAGGAAGAGGAAGAGGAAGAGGAAGAGGAAGAGGAAGAGGAAGAGGAAGAGGAAGAGGAAGAGGAAGAGGAAGAGGAAGAGGAAGAGGAAGAGGAAGAGGAAGAGGAAGAGGAAGAGGAAGAGGAAGAGGAAGAGGAAGAGGAAGAGGAAGAGGAAGAGGAAGAGGAAGAGGAAGAGGAAGAGAAGGAAGAGGAAGAGGAAGAGGAAGAGGAAGAGGAAGAGGAAGAGGAAGAGGAAGAGGAAGAGGAAGAGGAAGAGGAAGAGGAAGAGGAAGAGGAAGAGGAAGAGGAAGAGGAAGAGGAAGAGGAAGAGGAAGAGGAAGAGGAAGAGGAAGAGGAAGAGGAAGAGGAAGAGGAAGAGGAAGAGGAAGAGGAAGAGGAAGAGGAAGAGGAAGAGGAAGAGGAAGAGGAAGAGGAAGAGGAAGAGGAAGAGGAAGAGGAAGAGGAAGAGGAAGAGGAAGAGGAAGAGGAAGAGGAAGAGGAAGAGGAAGAGGAAGAGGAAGAGGAGGAAGAGGAAGAGGAAGAGGAAGAGGAAGAGGAAGAGGAAGAGGAAGAGGAAGAGGAAGAGGAAGAGGAAGAGGAAGAGGAAGAGGAAGAGGAAGAGGAAGAGGAAGAGGAAGAGGAAGAGGAAGAGGAAGAGGAAGAGGAAGAGGAAGAGGAAGAGGAAGAGGAAGAGGAAGAGGAAGAGGAAGAGGAAGAGGAAGAGGAAGAGGAAGAGGAAGAGGAAGAGGAAGAGGAAGAGGAAGAGGAAGAGGAAGAGGAAGAGGAAGAGGAAGAGGAAGAGGAAGAGGAAGAGGAAGAGGAAGAGGAAGAGGAAGAGGAAGAGGAAGAGGAAGAGGAAGAGGAAGAGGAAGAGGAAGAGGAAGAGGAAGAGGAAGAGGAAGAGGAAGAGGAAGAGGAAGAGGAAGAGGAAGAGGAAGAGGAAGAGGAAGAGGAAGAGGAAGAGGAAGAGGAAGAGGAAGAGGAAGAGGAAGAGGAAGAGGAAGAGGAAGAGGAAAAGGAAGAGGAAGAGGAAGAGGAAGAGGAAGAGGAAGAGGAAGAGGAAGAGGAAGAGGAAGAGGAAGAGGAAGAGGAAGAGGAAGAGGAAGAGGAAGAGGAAGAGGAAGAGGAAGAGGAAGAGGAAGAAGUAAUAAUCAAUGAAGCAUCAAUAAGUUCAGAUAUUGAUUUUAUGGCCAAUUUAUAA